AUGCACUCGCCGAACUUAUCGCGAAACGAACCCCCGCCAACGCCAACGCCGGAAGGGACGAAGGCUGCAAAAAUUAAUGGGUCGACACCACCACCAGUGCCAGCGUUAUGUCUCCGUGUCGGCAUUGUCAGUGCCGUCGAGGACGAUGAGGAGAGGGACGAAGUGCAAGAAGUCCUCCGGACGUUGAACAGAGAGAUCGCGAAGGCGUACGAGGACCUUCAAGGGGAGUUGAAGAUAAUCGGGACGGUCUUAACCGCAUGUUUUGAGAAGGGUUCCUGGUCGCGAAUCGCCAACCACUUGCAUGCCCUGAUCCUCGUUCUCAUCGCCCGGCUCGCACCACACGUCGACGGAGCAUGCGGAGAGGAUGCCCAACACCCAGUUCGAUCGACUAUCAACGGGUUGAGUCCGACAACACGAAAUCACAGGCCUCGAACGGAGGCGUACAAUGGAGUUGGAAGGACGCCGGAUAUGAAGAAGGAAGUUGAAUUGUCGGCGGCGUCCAUGGUCUCUGACCCUCUGGUCGUGAUUCCAGAUGGUUGA